AACACUUUCUUCUUUCAUCGGCAGGGACAAUCAUCUCAGUCUCAGUCAGGAAAUACAGUGUGGUGGAAAAGCUAACAUGGCAGAUCUGAGUUUGGGAAUUCUAAUUGAUAUUGUUGAUGAGGAUUGGAUGAGAGACACGCUUCCUGCAGAUGAUCUUCCACUGCCCCCAACGCUCGUUGUUCGGACUGAUGAUACUGAAGACUCGAAUCAGGAGACGCAGCAAGUUAAUAAGGAUGUUUGGCACGAUCUUGCCCUUGGCCAAGAGUAGAAGUAUCAAUUAACUAGUGCCAUUGUGUCAUGCUUAAUAGUAAGCAGAUGAUAUUGCUUCCCGUUACUGAACUAGGCACCUUCCUUUCUAUGUACCUGAUAGAUAUUAAGAAAUCAUGGUUUUCAUUUCUGGCUGCUUCCUGCCUUAAAAGCACUCUUUUGUAUUUUUUGCUUUAAACUCUGAAGGCAACUAUGCACAAAUAGUGUUUACUGUUUAGUUUGGGAAAUGAAAGGAAGGAGAGGGAGUUUAAAUAAAAUCUCUAGUUUCUUGUGAGAUU